AUGUCCACGGCUCACACACACGUCCCCGGCGAGCCAACCCACACGGGCACCUCGCUCGUCGAAACCGCUACGGCCGCCAUCCAACGCUUCGGCCCGAUCAACCAAAUCCACCAGCACCUCUGCGCCUUCCACUUCUACUCCCACGACAUGACCCGCCAGGUGGAGGCCCACCACUACUGCGCCCACCAGAACGAGGAGAUGAGGCAGUGCCUCAUCUACGAUGGGCCUGAGGCUGAUGCAAGGCUCAUCGGCCUCGAGUACGUCGUGUCAGAGAAUCUCUUCCUGACACUACCGGACGAGGAGAAGCCACUCUGGCACUCGCACGAGUACGAGGUCAAGAGCGGCGUCUUGUUCAUGCCUAGAGUGCCGGGCGUGAUCGAGAGGCGGGACAUGGAGAAGGUGUGCAAGACGUACGGGAAGGUCUGGCAUUUUUGGGAGGUGGACAAGGGGGACAACUUGCCGCUUGGGAUUCCGAGGGUUAUGAUGGCGUUGACCAGGGAUGGUCAACUGGAUGAGGGUUUGAAGAAGGGUGUGGAGGAGAGGUAUGGGGUGAGCUUUGACAAGGAGAGGGUGAAUCGGGCGUAUAUGAGUGGGCCCGAGCACGGGGUACAUCCCCUGGCGAACGGGGCAGGGAAAGGGUUGAAGACUGAGCUGAGAGAGACUGGUUGCGUUAAGCCUCCUGCUGAUUCUGUUUCUCCUGUUCUCAGGGCCUCUGUUUGA